AAUAUGAGAAAUCGGUGUAUGGAUAUUCAUCUACAUCUCAUGAACAUAGAAUAGACUGUAAACAGCCCUAGUCACAAGUGUCGUCGUGGGACGAUUUUGACGACAGACACCUCAUAACACGCUUUUUGCAAAGUAAUUUCUCCAUAAUUGUGAGUGAGUUUAAUUUACCAUGGCCCAAACUACCCCGUUGGUUCUACGCCUUGCAGCACUUUCUGUGAAUGCAGCAAAUAGAGCAGGUAAAAUUAUUCGGGACGUGUGGAGCCAAGGAGACCUGGGAAUCGUCGACAAGGGUCAAAAUGAUCCUCAAACAGAGGCUGAUCGUUCUUCCCAGCGCUGCAUCAUUGCAUCUCUUUUGAACCAGUUCCCCAAUGUCAAAAUCAUAGGUGAGGAGGGCUCAUGUAAUGUUGAAGUGCCCUCUGACUGGCUUGUCACUGAAGGAGACCAAUCUAUAUUGCAACUCAACUGCCCCAAAGAGUAUCAAUCUGCAACUGAUAAUGAUGUGGUUGUGUGGGUUGAUCCAUUAGAUGGUACAUCUGAAUAUACACAAGGAUUAUUAGAGCAUGUCACUGUGCUUGUUGGCAUAGCUGUUAGGGGGACAGCUGUUGGAGGAAUCAUUCAUCAACCAUAUUAUGGCCAUGCAUCUGGAGCUGAAACUCUUGGGCGCACCCUGUGGGGUAUCAAAGGCAUUGGUGUUGGUGGGUUUACACCUGCCCUUCCUCCUGCAAAUCAAAGGAUCAUUGCUACAACUAGAUCACAUUCUAAUCCAUUAGCUGAGCAAGCUAUUGCAGCUCUCAAGGCUGACAAAGUCUUGGCUGUUGGAGGGGCUGGCCACAAGGUAAUACUCUUGAUGGAAGGUAAAGCACAUGCAUACGUUUUUGCUCGAGGUGGGACAAAAAGAUGGGAUACAUGUGCUCCAGAAGUUGUUUUGGAGGCAAUGGGAGGCCGUCUGACUGAUAUGCGAGGAGUACAGUAUUUAUAUGACCAUGAUACAAACCACAACAACACCGGUGGAGUUCUUGCCACAGCCAAAGGAGAGGACCAUGAAUGGUAUAUUAAAAAUAUCCCUGAAAAUGUUCGUGAGGCUUUGAAACAGUGAUAUAAAUUUUUAUUUUAACUGGA